CAAUGUGUUUAUGUGCGAGUUGGUGGUGUGUUUGUGUGUAUGAGAGCGAGUGCAGUAUGUGGGCUGUGUUUUUCCUAUUAUUCCUCGGACAAAAUGCUCGAUCUCCUUCGCCCUAGUGGAGUAAGCGAGUGAUUUGGGAGGCGCGAAGCGGGUAAAAGAUUCCCGAGUGCGUGUGCGGAAUAACACACGGAAAAGGACCGGGGGAGAGGAGGAGGAGGAGGAGAGGAGGAGGGGGGACUUAAACAUGGCGUUGAGAGAGGAGGGGGAUUCGGCGCAGCACAACAACAGCAACGCCAAGUGCCAGGAGGAGAGCAAUCGCAACGGUUAUGUGAAGAGCUGCGUCACCCCUCUGAAACAGGACGGCGGGUUUUCCAUCUGCAGGUGGUGUAACUUGGAGAGGCUCGGCUUGGCGCGUCCGAAACUCGCAGCCUUUUACCUCGGGGGCGGCUGCAGUGCCUUCGCAAUCGUCGCGCUAUCCAUCGUGGCCAGGAGAUGCCUGGACGCGGAGUUUAUUUCAUCCUUGCUGCAGACUUUCCAGACGGCCUGGGCGAUCGCAUUCCAGUCCCUAAGCCCGCUCUUUAGUAUAUGCUGUGCCUUCUUUUGGUUGACAUUUUAUCUGAGGAAGAGCAAACGGGAAAGCAGCACGGCUUGGCUCCUGUCAUUGCCUCCAUGUUGCUAUCUCGGAGAUUUCUUGGUGGUGCAAGUUCUGCUCGGUGAGGACCAGCUGUUUCUUUGCAGGUUGCUGGCCCCGGCUGUUGUGCUGGGUUGCGUGGGAUUGCUGACAUUACUCUCCACUUUGAAAGUGAAACAGAGCGUCCUGAUCUUGCUGUUCGCCGGUGUCCUUAGGUUGGCUUCCAUCACCAGUUUGAUCGCCCUCCCAGCAGCUCUGAGACCCCUCUUGGCCUGUGGGGUAGGGAUGGUGGGGGCGACCGUUGCUGUGUAUUUUGAUUGCCUGUUUCCGAAAGAAGCUCGUCGCAGGGUAACGACAGAGGAAAAAAUCCCAGUUAUCAAACCACGCAGGAGAUCAAGUUGUGUUUCUUUGGGAGAAACAUCCACCAGCUAUUAUGGUGGCUGCAAGAUGCCCAGGAGGACGUCUUUGCCUUGCAUAUCGAGAGAACAGAUGAUCCUUUGGGAUUGGGAUUUGAAGCAAUGGUUCAGAAGUUACCAGUAUCAGGUGUGCAGGGCCGGUCCUCAGCCUGAAGAACAAAGUAUCCAGACUGCGCAUGUGCGGUCAGUUCCUGGAUGGCGCAUAAGCGGAAUGCCCGACGUUCGUCGGGAAUCGCAGUUCCCAACCUCCGAACUCAGCAAGAAUUCUGUUAGUGGGUAUGGAGUGGAUCCCGCCGUUAUGGGUGAGGCACAGAGCCUGGUUACAGACCUUCUUGCUGACCCGUCCCUCCCUUCAAAUAUCACCUCUUCUCUGCGAACCAUCAGCAGCCUGAUUGCAUCCCAGCUCACAUUCUCUAAUACACAUAGGCCAAGAGUGAAUCCCCUUACAUCAUUUUCUGAUUCUUACCCCUGUUCAGAAAUGGAGGACUUAUCGGAUAAAGGGGAAAGAAUUUUUCCAAAGCGUUUGAGGAGAAGUUUACCAACUGGACAGCUUAGAAGAAAUACAGGAACAUGGACAACGACCACGUCAGCCACUGGUUUGCCAACAAUGGAACCUGCUCCACUUAGAUGGGAUCGUAGCAACGGGAUGAAAUCCCACCCAGACAGUGGGUCAGUGAGUACUUUAACUAUAGGUUCACAGGUGAAUGGACCUUCCAGUUCAAACCUGUUGACAAUUCCAAAAUCUCGAUCUGCGUCUUUAUCUUUGACAUCGCAUCAUGGACCCAGACGAGCAGGUACUUCUCCUAGCCUCAGUCCCGUGAAUUCCCCAAUUCAUGGACCUGGGGCAAUGACGGGUUUUAAUCGCUCACCGGUAGAGUUUCCUGAUACAGCUGACAUAUUGACCAAACCCAGGGUGACUCUCCAUAAACCAAUUGGAUACACGCUCAGUUCUCCAGAUUUUCAACAAUCUUUUAGAAUGUCAAGCAGUGUUCUCUGCAGCAGCUGCGGACGACAUAUGCUUAGAUCUGUUCAAAAUAUAGAUUUGGGAGAAAGCAGUUUGCAGUCUGUUGCAGAAUCACCCCGUGCCAAAGGACAAGAUGAAGGUACUGAAAAUACUGCUACUAACAGUGGAUCAAAGGAAGAACACAUCUCGGGGACUGAAAUAAAGGAACAGUUAGAAAAUGAAGGAUCCAUAAAAUUUACAAACAAUGAUGAUCAGCAGACACAUGUGCAAAAUAAUCAGUCUGUGCAGCUGCCAGAGCUUUUGCUGGAGCCAAUAGAAACACAAAGCACUGAGCUAUGCAUGGAAAAGCUAAAUAGUUGGAAUUUUCCGAUUUUUGAACUUGUAGAGAUGACAGGUGGACAAUCUGGAAGAAUUCUUAGUCAGGUCAUUUAUUCCCUGUUUCUUGAUACUGGCUUAUUUGACCUCUUCAAAAUCCCCAUUCGGGAGUUCAUGAACUACUUUCGUGCACUGGAGAAUGGUUACCGUGACAUUCCUUACCACAACCGUGUCCAUGCCACUGAUGUGCUUCAUGCUGUUUGGUACUUAACAACUCGGCCUAUCCCAGGAUUCCAGCAAAUUAACAGUGAUCAUUUAAUGGGAAGUGACACAGAUUCUGACAGUGGAAUAUCACCAGGCCGGGUUGCGUAUAUGUUUUCCCGAAGUUGUGCCAUUUCGGAUGAUAGCUAUAGCUGCCUCGCAUCAAACAUCCCAGCUCUGGAGUUAAUGGCACUUUAUGUUGCAGCUGCCAUGCAUGAUUAUGAUCAUCCUGGGCGUACAAAUGCAUUCUUAGUAGCAACAAAUGCACCUCAAGCUGUCCUUUAUAAUGACAGAUCUGUCUUGGAGAAUCAUCAUUCUGCCGCUGCGUGGAACUUGUUUAUGUCCCGUUCAGAGUUCAACUUCUUGGCAAACCUAGAUCACGUUGAGUUCAAACGUUUUCGUUUCUUGGUGAUUGAAGCAAUCCUUGCUACUGAUUUGAAAAAACAUUUUGACUUCCUUGCUGAGUUUAACUCCAAGCAGGUAAAUGAAGUCAACAAUCCAGGAAUUGAUUGGACCAAUGAAAAUGAUCGUCUAUUAGUAUGCCAGGUGUGCAUAAAACUGGCUGAUAUCAAUGGCCCUGCAAAGAUGAGGGAGUUGCAUCUGCAAUGGACAGAAGGCAUUGUCAAUGAAUUCUAUGAACAGGGAGAUGAAGAAGCAAGCCUUGGGUUACCCAUUAGCCCUUUCAUGGACCGUUCUUCACCUCAGUUGGCUAAGCUGCAGGAAUCUUUCAUUACACAUAUUGUAGGUCCUCUGUGUAAUUCCUACGCUGCUGCAGGAUUACUACCAGGUCAGUGGGUGGAUGACGAUGAUAUUGAUCCAGAAUGUGGUGAGGAUGAUGAUGAUGCAGAAGAUUUAGAAACUGAAGAUGAAAUGGAUGACGAGGAUCUUGAUCUUCCAACAAGGCAGAGGAGGAAGAGAAAAGAAAGGCGGAGAAUCUUCUGCCAGAUUAUGCACCACCUAACAGAAAAUCAUAACCUGUGGAAGAAGGUCAUUGAAGAGGAGGAGCAUGAACAGCAAUGCAAGUCAGAGCUAAAUAUACAACAAACAGAUAACUCAUCCUUACCUCAAACUUCGGAUGAAAUCCAGGUAAUUGAAGAAGCAGAUGAAGAGGAGGAGAGGCAACAAGGGGAGGAGAAACAAUGCUGAGAAGAGAAGAUGCAGUGCUAAAUAAAGAACAUAGUAAAGCCUCACUCUGCUGACACCAGAGACUGAUAUACUUCUUUGUUAAAAGGCCUUAAUACUGUGAGAGGAUUCUAGCACUCAGCAGGAUCCCACUCCUAUAUGCACUUUCACCCAUGGAAAGAUUAGAGUAUACCAUGAAACAAAGCCCUUUGUGCCCUGUGGUGUCCAAAUGUUUUCAUGUUGAUGCUGUCUUGCAGAAUAAAGAGUGCUCAGUUUCCAUGUGGUACUGGAGGAUGUUGCAAAAACUACAGCUUAGCAACUGCUGUUACCAAAGUGAACUGAAAGUUUAUCAUUUUCCGUUAGUGAGGAGGAAGGUGGAUAUUAGGCAUGUAUCGGAUGUCCAGCAUCUAUAUCAGGUGGACUUGAAAAUUGCGGAUUAUGCCUGUAGCAAUUCAGAAUGGAGCACUGCAGUAAAGAGCCUUGUUGUAAGGGCCCCUGAUUUUUUUUUCUCUGAAAGUAUCUGCUUUAAUGCAGGUAACACACAGAAUCCUUGUCUCAUUUUAUGACUGCAGAAAAGAAUGUUAGAGUGACUAAAAUUCUAGCUGCAUCAUUUUUCUGAUGCCUUUUAAUGUACUCUUUGCCUUGUUUGGUUUUUGCCUUUUUUGUGCUGGAAGUAACCAGAAAUGCACAGUGGCCAAGCAUUUCAGUUUGCCCGAACAUCACAGUAUAAUUGUUCUGUAAUAGAACAGAGGAGUAAUGUUAAUAAUGAAGGAAUUUUUAAUGUUAUAGUUUCUUUUUCACUGCAACUCAGGAUCCAUGCUAAGAUACAUGAAGCAAUGCCAUUCAAGUUAUGCAGGUUGAAAGAAAAAAAACAGUUGACAUAGUUAACAACACAUAUUUUAAAUCCAUUUUUGUUUGGAAAGUUCAACUGAUCUUUCAUGUCACAUACUAUACACAAACUUCCUCUUAUGUCUCCAUGUUGCUCGUAAUAUGAAUUGGUUAUUGCACAUCAUGAGGCUGAAAGGUUACUGUGUAUUGCUAUCAGUAUACCUUGAAAAUAGUAAAAUACUUGUCAAUAUAAUUUCAAUAUGAUGGAGUAUGUCAUAUCGUAGAGUGUGUAGUUCUAUUUUUUCACAGUAGAAAUUCUAGACAUUCCACAGGGCAUUGUACCUCUCAGAACUAUUUAUCUGCAAACUCAGCCAGUGUAAACGUGGUUGCAAAGAAGAUGCAUGUACAGCUCUUACACAAUAUUUGUAAGUUAGUUUAGGCUGCAGGUAUGUAAUUUUCUUAAGUAGACUGUACAAAUAGCUACUGGAACAGUUGUGCACCUUUUUAAUACCAAACAAGUGUUUUUAGUUAUGCACAGAUCGAUGCCUACAUUAUAAAAAUGUUUAAUUCAUCUGAACAUGUUUGUAUUAAUAAUGGAUUGUAUCAAAAUGCAUUUUAUAUAUCUAUAGCGGAAGAUGCGAGUAGAGGGACUGUAGAUAUCUUAAGAUAGCAAGAGAUUUCGACUCAUCACUGUCAGCAGGAAUAAGGCCUCUAAUAGCCAUAGGAGCAUUUUAUCGUUCCUUAAUUUCUGCAACAAAGUGUUUGUGUGCCUUUUCGCAGCCACUUACAAUAUUAACGCACUAAACCUCAAGUUGUCAUAUUGGUCAUACAGUGAAUGCCAAGCUCUUUGUCCUAUUGUCUGUAAGAGAUCAGAAAUCUUAAGUCAGCGUACCACUAAUAUGCAUGUUAUACAACAGACUGAACCACCCCAGUGACUGAUGAUAUUGAUCGAACAAGGGGGAGGUGCUGUAAAGGUACUGUACUUGACUGACAAAGGAAGGGAAAGUUAAGCAAACUGAAUGCUCCAACCAUGGUUGCAAAAUCUUUUGUUAGCUGUGCACUAAAUGUUAAAAAUAUGAACACCUCCUAACAGCACAUACUGUAUGUAAUUUAUUCCAUUAAAAUGCUCGUUUAUUUUGUGUGUAUGUAUAUGUGUGUGUGUAUACAUAUAUAUAUAUAUAUAUAUAUAACAUAUAUAGAUAUAUACACAUUUAUUUUUAUAUAUAUAAACACACAUUGUUUUGUUGUCAUGUCCAAUGUUAAUAGCAAUGCCUGUCUAGUAGACAGGCUUGGUGUUUAACCAUUUUGAAUCUUGAUUGUGUUUAAAUACUUAUUUUUUAAAAUGUGACUAGGCAAACACUUUCAUUUUUCAGACAAUAGUACAGAAAACUGCUACAUCUUCUGUUUUAUAUUUAUCAAUAGUUAGAGCAAUCUAUUUGCUCUAUAAAUUAGUAUAUAUAAUUUUUAUAAUUGUUUUGAGUGAAUUUUUAAAAUACUGCCUACCCAGUCGUUAACUUACAGCAUUUUUAAACAAAUAGUAAUACGGUACUUUUUGCAUCAUUUUCUUGCCUUGUGUUUCCUAAAGUUGUUCUAGUUCUGGAAAUAUAUUUUUUUUAACUCA